CAGCCCCCUCCCUGUCCUCUGCGCGCGCGGGGCGGAGCGGCUAAAACCUCCUCUCGUUAUUAUCUUCAGCAUAUAUAUUUCCUUUAAGAAGAUGGCGGCGAGUCAGGGAGGAUCGACAAUUGCGGCGGUGCUGCAGGACCACCAUCACUAUCCGGCCGGACCGCACUGGAGCGCGAGCGGCGCUCCGCCUCAACCGCAGCCGCCGCACACCGCGCGCAGCCUGGACCGCGCGCUCGAGGACGCCGCAUGCUCCGGGGUACUGAACAUCAGCGGGAGGAAACUGCGCGACUACCCGGGAAUGAGCUACGAUCUCACGGACACCACGCACGCAGAUUUAUCCAAGAACCGUUUUGCAGAGAUUCCUCCCGAAGUGUGUAUGUUUGCACCGCUGGAGUCGCUCAACCUCUACCACAACUGCAUAAAGAUGAUUCCAGAAGCCAUUGUUAACUUACAGAUGCUGACAUACCUCAAUAUCAGUCGGAAUCAACUGUCCGUUUUGCCCAAGUUCCUGUUCAAUCUGCCACUGCGAGUCCUGGUGGUCAGCAACAACAAACUGCUGUCCAUUCCGGAUGACAUUGGCAAAGCCAAAGACCUCAUGGAACUGGACAUAAGCUGUAAUGAAAUUCAGGUGCUUCCUACUCAGAUGGGGAAACUCCAUGCCUUACGAGAACUGAACAUCAGAAGAAACUGCAUACAAAUCCUUCCUGAUGAGCUAUCAGAUCUGCCCUUAACCAGGUUGGAUUUCUCCUGUAAUAAGAUCACCGAAAUCCCUCCAUCUUACCGUAAACUCUGCCAGAUCCAACACAUUGUCCUCGACAACAACCCCAUGCAGUCCCCUCCUGCACAGAUCUGUCUGAAGGGAAAGAUUCACAUCUUUAAGUAUUUGAACGUGCAGGCAUGUCGGCUGGAGAAGAAGCCUGACUCACUGGAUCUGCCCUUGCCGGGCAAACGCUGUUUAGCGCAGCAGCUAACGGACAGCAUUGAGGAUUUUUACCCUAGUAAGAACCACGGACCCGAUUCGGGUAUUGGGAGUGACAACGGUGAUAAGAGACUGUCUACUACAGAGCCCUCAGAUGACGACACAAUCAGUCUACACUCUCAGGUGUCAGAGACGGCGCGGGCUGAAGCCCACUCCCUCCUCUGCAAACUGGACACGAACAGAGAUCAGGACCCGUAUGACUUCAUUGAUCCAAACCCAGAUGAAGAUGCUGCUCUCUGUGAGGCAGACAUGCAGCAGAACACACCCUACAUCACCUGUAUAAAGGAGAUCGAGCGGGUUCUUAAAACACACCAAAGCAAAGACAAGGAGAACUGGAAGGAGGAGUCUGGCUCAGAGAAAGAGCAGCUCGCAGAGGAAGAAGAUGAUGAGCUGAAGGAAGUUUUGGAUCUUAGGAAGAUUGCGGUGCAACUGCUGCAGCAAGAGCAACAGAACAGGAGGCGAUCCUUAAUUUGUAGAGCAGAAAGCCUCAUCCACCGAAGGAGGGCGGCAGGGAGAACACACAGAUUUCUUAGUCAUUCCGGUGGAAGCAGCAAGCAGAGAUCUCCAUCACAAACCUUUAGGAGUGCAUCACUGGAUGAGGGAACCAGUACAUCUUCAGCAACCUGUGGACAGGACGGCCACCUCACAGAUGAAGACACAGCUUUUUCUGAGCCUUCUUUAUCCUGCUCGUUUGAUGGGAGUCUGAAAUCUGAGAACGGUGACAGCGAGCCCAAAUGGCCAGAGCUUCCUCCCAUACUAAACCAGAAUGAAGAGCGGAGGCGAAACAAAUACCUGAGGAAGGACUACCUCAAGUACAAGUGCCAAAGUGUGCGAAGAAACUCCACCGAAAAUGACUGUGAGGAAGGAAUGCAUUCCACAGACUUCAGCACAACAUUGACUGUCUUUGGUUUGAAGCCAAGAUCAGGUAUAGUCUGUCUAGCAUUUUCCCGCAACAGUCGUCAGGAGUACGGCUCGUCGGACCCAAGCUUCACCAUGAGGAGAAAGAUGGAGCAUCUCAGAGAGGAAAUGGAGCAGAUAGGGCACUUGCGGCAGAACCUGGAGUCAAGGUUGAAGGUUUUGCUGCCCGAAGAUGUGGGUGCUGCUUUGAUGGACGGUGUUGUGCUGUGCCAUCUGGCCAAUCACAUUCGACCUCGUUCCGUGUCCAGCAUUCAUGUGCCCUCGCCAGCAGUACCAAAGCUGAGUAUGGCAAAGUGCCGGCGGAAUGUUGAGAAUUUUCUGGACGCGUGUAAAAAGCUUGGCGUGCCGCAGGACAAGCUGUGUUUGCCUCAUCACAUCCUGGAGGAACGAGGUUUGGUGAAAGUCGGCAUUACCGUUCAAGCCUUGCUGGAUUUGUCGUCAACCAAGCCAACUCAGACAUCUACCAUGUAGCAGUCAAAGUGGGACAAAGCUCCCAAAAAAAAUAAGGAUACCCGGGCAUUCCCUAGCAUCAGCCUUAUGUCCCUCUGAGCACUCUGCUAUACGCCCUCCUUUAUCCUCGGGACAUAGGAAAACUUUCUCUGAGCAGAACGAACUACUCUUGCUGGAAGACACAACAGAAAGUUCUGGAACCUUCUAGCCUUAGUCCAAUGGAUCACAAGCUACUAAGAGACUGGAGAGAGAAAGAGAGAGUGGGAUGGAGAGAAAAUGAGAGUAGACAGAUUAUUAUUGAGGACUACCUCAUCUAGGAUAGUGCAUUUUGUCCUGUCUGUCUCUGACUCCAUACAACUGUUUUGCAAAUGUUGCACAAAUCCGAAAAAAGGUCAGAAAUGGCUUUUAUUGUGUUUUUGGCUGCUAAAUGCUCAUCUGGCGAGCCAAAACCACUUACCAAACACUGUGUAACACAGGCAGCAUACUUAACAGAAGCCUUGUGAGUUUUAGAUUUACCUAUGGGAAUACUGGCUACUUCACUAUUUAUUUGCAAAAUGUCAUCACUAUUUUUAAGAUUUCCUGAUCUGACAGACCCCAAUACAACAAACUUCUUGAUAUAUAGCCAGUCUCACAAAGCUGAAUGGAAGCUUCACUUCUCUCUUUCUACCUCUCACUAUCUCUUGUCCCCAUCAAUCUCUGCUAGAUAAAGAUAAGGCCUGGAAAAUCUCAGACAGCUGAUUGGCUGAUAUGGAGCAAUGGGCAGACAUUAUCACAUAGUGGAAAUGAAAAGAAAGCCCUUCUCCUGCAUGAAGCCAGUAAAUCCACUCAAUCGGAAUAGCGUUUGAAGAAAUUUCUUGUACACUUGUAUGAAGAACACUGAUUUUAAGCCGUGGAGAGAAGAAGGGAGGGUCAAUGAUAAGUGUGUUUCUCAGAAAACGAAGUGUGGAAUGUACAGAAGAUCUGGCUGAUGGACCAACAUUUACAAAAAAAGACAUUUUUUAUCACAGGGAAUAGUAUCACGGGGUCUAGUAUAAAGUCAUAAAGUUAAGUUUUAGGUGAAACGUGCCAUGCUUCAGGUUAAGUUUUUGAUGAUUUGUAAAUGUUAAGCACAGUACGCAAAUAUUCGCACACACACAACAUUGGAACCUUCAAUAUAAUUUCUAGGUUAUAAAUAAUAAUAAAUGCAAUCAAAGCAUUAACAUAAACGGAACGCAGUACAAUUCAUUGCAUUGUGUGAGCAAUUCUGAUUUUAAAGAAAGAAGCAAAUCAGAGUCGUAUGUUUCUAAGAAAUUCCUAACUUUUUUCUCAUUACUUAAUUUUCAUUAUUUUAAUUUCACUAAUUAUUCUAAUUGUGUCUUCUGUUUUUUUUUUCUUUUUCUCUGAGCUCUCCAUGUGUCUGUCCUGUACUCUGAACAUGAAGUAGUUAUAGACAGGUGAUGUGACUGGCACCAAUCCCUGACGUUCUAAUUGUAAAGAGAGCUGCCCAAAAAUGAUUUAUGUAUUUAUUGUAUAUUUAUUCAUAAUUUUUCUAUAUGCAACGUUUUUUUUAACAUCCCUGACUUAAAAAAAAAACAGCAUCAGAAAUAUGCCUUAUUUGCUAUUCUGGGGUGUUUCAUUAUCAUGCUUUGGCUGGAGGUGAGGUGGGAUCAGUCUUAAUUAGAACGUGACAAGGAUUAGUCUUUUGAAAACUGAUUUUGUUUAGCCUCCCCCAAAAACCCCUCUGAAUGCUGACAUGUUGCGACGACUGAGGUGUUUCUUUAUAACCCGCAUAUAAAAACUUUUAUCAGGCUUUCCACCUAAAUGGAAAAUAAGUAGACGUUCAUUCAUGCCUUUUUGGCAAAAAAUAAAUAAAUAAAUAUACAUAUAAGAAUUAAAAGACAGAAAAUUCUUUUUUAAAUUUUAAAACUCAUGAGAAAAAACUAAUUUUGGGAUUGUAGUAUCAGGAUGCAACACAAGACAAUUGAAAAAAGAGAUACUGGAGUGAAAAAGUUUAAGCUUAAUAUCGGUUUUAUAUACGGAGUCUACCAACUCAGUCAAAGCACUUUAAUGUAUUAAAUUGACACUUCCUUUGUUGAAGCCGUCACGUGCACAAUGCCUCAUACUUAUAAUGGUAAUCUUGGGGUUACAGUGUAUUGGACAUGCGUCUGUCAGUUUGAUUUAAACACAGGUUGCAAUGUGUUUAUUACCAGCCGUUGCGUGCGUUCUGCCUUUUUGCCAUUUUUCUUUUUGUCCAAGUUGAAAUGUUCGGCAGCAGGAAUGAGACAUCAACAAAGCGUGUUAUAAAAUCCUAAAAUCUUCAUAAAAGAACAUGUUCUCGAACACCUCCCAGCCAAAACACACCCACGCUGAAUGAGUGCACUUGCGUCAAAUCGGAUAUCUUAACUCCACAUCUCUGUUUUUUCUUUUCCUUUCUUUUCUUCGUUCAUUCUUUCUUUCUCCCUCUUUCUCUCUCUCUCUCUCUCUCGCUCUCUCUCUUUCUUUUAUAUAUUCACAAAAACAAUGUUCAACACACAAAAGAAAGGUUAUAUAAAUAUCGAUAUCAAAUUCAAGUCAGCUGCAUCUUAAUAUGAGAACUAGUUGAUCAGUGUUUCAAAGGUGCCAAUGAGCCCAUGAUACUAUUUUACUAUGACUGGUUAAUCUUUUUUUUCCCAGCUCCAUGUUUCAAAAAGGAAGUCUUUCUUGUCCUUCCUCCAUCAUUGUUCCCAAGCAUUCUUACAUAACAUAAUCGAUUGUACAUAAUCUGUGCAAUGCAACAUUGAAUGGUGAUUAUGGUGUUGGUGCAUUAUGCAAAUGCAUUAGUGCAGUUUUUGUGCCAGGAGGGAUAUAUUUUGCCCUCAAAAUGUAAAGCUAUAGACUGCCGUGUUUCUUUUCAAAUCACUAACAUUCCUCAUACAGUUUCUUAAAUCAAACUCUUUUGUUAAAUCACAUUGACUUUUUUUGUUUUUUUCCAAGCAAAAAUAAAAUUACUGCACAUUAAUGAAUUGUGAACUGUUAUAGCAUGUGAGUCAUGACUUACAUCAGAUUAAGACCACAGAUCAUUUUUUUGGAAAUAAAGCAUGUGCAGUACAUUAAUUUCCUUGCAAAUCUGUAUUAUUCUGUAAAAAAGCAGGUGUCAAUGUGCACACUUUUUUUUUGUCAUGACAGCAAGACUGCUGUGAAGAUGUGUGUAGAUAAAUGUUUUGUAUGAAACAUGACUUUGUUUGCAUGCUUGGAUCCUCUGUGAUCAACUUGCCAUUUCUGUAUAAACUCUGUAUAAAAGUAUUAGAACAUUUCUUAAAAAAAAAAUAAACA